CUUCAAAGUGAGGAGAGGCAUGCAAAGUGGAGGAAUUGUUUGUUGUGUUGUCCAGAUUGUGAUGGACAGAGAAGAUUUUAACAUUCCAACAAUUACGUCAAGGAGAACAAGAAGAGAGCAUAGCUAGAAUGUUUUAGUUUCAUAAUACCAAGAAUGAGAAGACAAAUGAAGUAUCAUUUUGUCAGAUACGAUAAAAGUUGAACGAAGCGCCCUGUCUCGGUGUUGAGCAAGGUGGCCGAGGUGCUUCACGUUCAUAGGAGAUAAACACGUGCAAGGGGCGGCGAGGAGAAUAGACGGCGCAAUGGACCCCUUGUUCCUGGCCCUCAGCUGCUUCAGGAGGAGAAAAUUUGAUCGCUGUAUAAAGAUAUGCACAGAGCUGUUAAGCAAGAAUCCAUAUGACCAGGCUGUGUGGAGCCUCAAGACACGGGCACUGACAGAGCAGGUGUGGGUGGAUGAAUGUGAUGGGGAGGAGGAAGGUCUGGCUGAUGUACUGAUGGAUGACAACACUAUAGCCUCAGUAGCUCGGCCAGGCACCUCCCUCCGCACUGCCCCACCGUCCUCAGCUGGGGGGCCCUCACAGACUUUCAGGCCGUCCACACAGUCUGGGCGCCCCCUGAGUGGUGUGGUGCGGCCAGGAUCCCAGGGGGGAAGGCCAGGCACCAUGGACCAGGCCCUGCGCACCCCUCGCACUGCCCAGACUGCUCGCCCAGUCUCAGCCACUUCAGGACGACACGUCAGGCUGGGCACGGCCUCUAUGAUACAGGUUGGGGAGGGGCCAUUCAUCAACCUGGCACGCCUCAAUGUAGCCAAGUAUGCAGCACAGCAGAAUAUUGCCAAGGCACUCUUUGAAUACAUCUACUUUCAUGAGAACGACGUCAGACAUGCACUGGACUUGGCAGCUCAGGCAACACAGGUGCUGGAGUUCAAGGACUGGUGGUGGAAGGUGCAGCUGGGCCGCUGCUACUACAGGCUGGGCUUGUUCCGGGAUGCUGAGAAGCAGUUCAAGUCAGCACUGAAGCUGCAGGACAACAUCAAUACUUACCUGCUGCUGGGCCGAGUGUACAUCCGUCUAGACCAGCCAAUGGCUGCCCUGGAGGUGUACCGGGAGGGGCUGGACAAGUUUCCUGGUGAGGUGACGCUGCUCACAGCCAUGGCAAGAAUAUACGAGGGCCUGCAUGACCUGCCCAAGGCCGUCAAGUAUUACCGGGAUGUCCUGCACUAUGAUGCCACCCACGUGGAGGCCAUUGCCUGCACCGCCACCACACACUUCUACAGUGACCAGCCCGAGGUGGCACUCCGCUUCUACAGACGAUUGCUUCAGAUGGGCAUCUAUAACUGUGAGAUAUUCAACAACCUUGGUUUAUGCUGCUUUUAUGCCCAGCAGUAUGACAUGACUCUCACUUGCUUUGAGCGAGCCCUCAGCCUCGCCACAGACCGGAGCAUUGCUGACGUGUGGUACAAUCUGGGCCAUGUUGCCUUGGGUAUUGGGGACAUCAAUCUCGCAUACCAGUGCUUCCGGCUGGCACUGGUGUCAGACAACGACCACGGAGAAUCCUACAACAACUUGGGCGUCCUGGAGUACCGACGCGGCAACCUGGAGACAGCGCGGGCCUUCUUCAUGACUGCUGCCAACCUGUCCCCACACAUGUUCCAGCCCCACUACAACCAUGCCAAGCUGGCUCACAAAGUUGGGGACUUGCAGACAAGUUUCAUCAUUGUGCAGAAAGCUUUGGCACUUUUCCCAGAGCAUGUGGACUCAAAAGAACUUCUCAAAACUCUGGAGACUCACUUCCAUACAUUAUAGAAUAUAUUAAGAGAGGUGAGGGACAUCAAGAAGGUUGUGUGCCACCUUGAAACUGUGAGGCCCUGCAGCAUAAUGAUUUUCCUCCUUCACUAUCUAUGUCCCAGCAUGUUGGAUUACAUCAAAGAAAUCAGAAUUACAGUUUUGAAUCACAUGCAAAAGAUUUGAUGUUCAGUGGCAAACAGCCAAUGAAACUGUCUUGUAAAUUUUAAUUUUCUUUGUAUAAAUUUUAAUUCCUAUUGGUUUCACUCUAAUUCACACAUCUUGCUAUACUUUACUUUUUUUUUUUUAUGCUUUGUAGAUUAUGAAGUAAAAAAUGUAAUGUAUACGAGUGAAACAUGAUAAAUAAAAAGUGAGCACAUGCAUGACAAUGUAA